AUGACAUCAGUAUUGUGUCUGCUUUUGAUCUCAGUUUUGCUUCAGUUCUCAGAGGGCAACUGUCCCCAUGGAUGUCUGUGUACUUCUGAUAUACUCAGUUGUGGGUUUCUGGGAAUGGACAGAUUUCCCUCCCCACUACCAAUCACCACUUCCACCCUGGACCUUAGUCACAACCGUCUCAGCUGGCUGGCAUCAGGCAGCUUCUAUGGGCUUCCCAGACUGAACACUCUCCGUCUUUCUCAUAACCAUAUCUCCCUGCUCAGUCCUGGGGUCUUCCACAACAUCAGUAACCUGCAACACCUGGAUCUCUCCUCCAACAGACUACAGGUCAUAGGGAGAUACCACUUCCAAGAUCUGCCUGGACUUGAGGAACUGCUGCUGUAUAAUAACCGCAUUGUCCGCGUGGAGAGCAAUACUUUCAUGGGUUUGAGCAAUCUCAGGAAGGUCUACCUCAGUCUUAAUCAGAUCACUGACUUUCCUUUCUUCUCUGUUCGCAAGCAUACUCAUCCCAACCUAAUUACCCUGGAUCUGUCCUCUAACCGUAUGUACCGGUUACCUGUGGAUGACAUUGUGGUGUUGCCAAUGUCAGUGCAGAGGGGCUUGUUUCUUCAUAAUAACAGCCUUGUGUGCGACUGUUCUGUGUACCGUAUGUUCUGGCACUGGGAACAGAAGGGUUAUGACUCAGUGAGACAGUUUAAGGAAGACUACUCAUGCUUGGUAGACGGGGAACCGCGUGCCGCAGUGAAGUUCCUUCGACAUCCGCACUUCUUUGAGAACUGUACCAUUGCAAAUAUGAUCUCUCUAAUCUCUCCCAAAGCUAAUAUGGCAGUGUACGAAGGGGAACUGGUGAGACUGGACUGCACUGGUACUCACAACAGUGAAGAUGUUUCAUAUUUCUGGAACACACCACAUCAAGAGAACAUAAGUCAGAUGAUCCAAAAUGGCACUUUGCGUUUGAACCAAGAUGGCAGUUUGGAGAUUCUGUCCGUCCAGCCCGAGGACUCUGGAGUCUACCAGUGCACGGCUCUGGAUAACUUAAAGAUGGUAAACGAAUCACGGGAGGUGAAUUUAACAGUGGUGUCACAACGGAUGCUCGAUGCACCUUUCAACACAGGUUAUACGACCCUCCUGGCCUGUGUGGUAACUCUGAUACUUGUGCUCGUUUAUCUUUAUUUAACACCAUGUCGCUGCGGGUGCUGUAAGCCUCCGCUUUCCUCUCCAGCCAUUUCUGGAGUGUCUGAGGACCACUGCACCCUGUCAUCCAUCUUCGGAGCUCCACCCGCCGUAGAUCGACUCAGGAGCAAAUCCAGUACUGACAGGCAUGUCGUGUUCUUAGAGCCGCUCGUGGAGGAGAAGAACGGUCACCUCAGGGCUACAUUUGCCAUGGAGCAGCCCACUCUUCGAUGGGACAUGGAAAACCUGACACGGAUUGUGGAGCACGAUGAAACCGUGUAG